CAUGCGACAUGUCAAUUCACACACAUUUUCAAUCACUCUCCGUAGAUCGGUCUCUGUUUCCCGAUUCGUUUUUGGUAUAAACAGUGAAAGUUACAUAACUCAAAAUGGCUGGCGGUGGUGAUGAAAGCAAACUUACCGGACUCUCCCGUUACUUCAAUGGCGAGACUAUGCGGGGCCGUGCAAAUGUCGCGAAAGCCACCUAUGCAUCCAUUGGACUGCUGAUUUUGUACUUCUCACUGAAGCCGAGCAAGAAGUAAGGGGCGCCUGUGUAGAUGUUUACGCUCGGUUAUAGGAUUACUUCGUGAAGUGCACCCGAUGGUGAAAUACAUUAUGCAACAGUCAAGUAAAACCUAGAAAUUCGUGUUCCGGUGCUUAAUUUACAUGUAAA